CGCAUGCGCAGCCGCGGCCCUAUAUAGAGCCUUGGCGCCGGCGCCAGCUGAGAUCAGUCCCGGGCUGGGCGGAAAGGAUCUGGAGUCUUAAUAAGAUGUCAAGACGCAGCAGUCGCUUACAAGCAAAACUGUACCAGCCCUGCCAGGAUACGUCUCCUCAAGAACUGCAGCUGCCAGAGAGUCUUCAUACCAGAAAAAGAAAAGCAAUAGAGGAUACCAAGGGACAAGAAGAAAACACCAACACGGGACAUCAGUAUGAAAUUAAGAGCUGUUGGCCACCUAUGAUAUCUGGAGGUGUCUCUCCUUGCAUAUUAAUAGAAACCCCCCACAAAGAAACACCAACUACCGACUUUUCUAGAUUCAAAAAAUACAGAUUCAGAAACCUCUUCAUAAAUCCAUCACCUUUACCUGAACUUAGUUGGGGAAGUUCUAAAGAUGUCUGGUUCAACAUUUUAAAGAAAGAGAACAAAUAUGUUCACUGCAAACAUUUCACAUCUCUACACCCGAACCUACAACCGCACAUGAGAUCAAUUCUGUUGGACUGGCUUCUAGAGGUAUGCGAAGUCUACACACUCCAUAGAGAAACUUUCUAUUUAGCACAAGACUUUUUUGAUCGAUUCAUGCUUACUCAAAAAAAUAUAAACAAAACCAUGCUUCAGCUCAUAGGAAUUACAACCCUGUUCAUUGCUUCUAAGCUUGAGGAGAUAUAUGCUCCCAAGUUACAAGAAUUUGCGUAUGUUACAGACGGUGCUUGCAGUGAAGAAGAUAUCAUAAGGAUGGAGCUCAUUAUAUUGAAGGCUCUAAAGUGGGAGCUCUGCCCAGUCACGAUAGUCUCCUGGCUCAAACUUUAUCUCCAAGUGGAUGCUCUGGAAGAUAUCCCAAAAGUCCUGGUACCUCAGUAUUCUCAGGAAAUGUUUAUUCAAAUAGCACAGCUCUUAGAUCUCUGUAUUCUAGACAUCAAUUCCCUGGAUUUUCAGUACAGGACAUUGGCAGCUGCUGCAACUUGCCAUUAUACCUCAGUAGAAGUAGUGAAGAAAGUGUCAGGCUUAGAUUGGAACAAUAUUUCAGAAUGUGUAGAAUGGAUGAGACCAUUUGUCAAGGUAGCAAAUAAAGCUCCAGUAAAAUUGAAGAACUUUAAGAAAAUUACAGGAGAAAACAGACACAAUAUACAAACCCACACCAACUACUUGGAGAUGCUGGAAGAAGCUAACUUUGAGGCAGCUGUUGCGGUGCCAGGUCAGUUGUCACCCAUGUCUACUGGUGGAAUAAUCACUCCCCCCAAGAGCUCUGAAAAGAAGUAAAAUGCCAGAAUACAUCUGUAUGAACUCUCUAUACCUUGUAAGACUCUAAAAGAAAACCGAACUGUUGGGGAAGAUAUCAAAUAAAACAGAAGGGCGUCUUAACUGGAGAAGGCCUGAAGCUAUUAAAUUCACUGCCUAACUUACCGGGCUACGGAAUAAAGAUGGAUUUCUUGAAGUUAUUCACAAACAAUGGAUUUUUUAAAAACCUGUAAAAACAGCCUUAAUUUAUGCUUCGUACAUUAUAGCUAUAGUUUGGAGAGGGCUUGGCUCUAGGGUGCUCUUAAACUCAACUGUAUUGUAACUGUCAGGAGAAUGAAUUUAUUUGUUUAACCCUAAUACAAGAUGUUUGACCUGUUCCAAAAGGCAAUGUUAUGCGCUAUUUGAAUAGGAUUUCAGUCCAGAUAGCCAGGGCCAAGUCUGCAAUUAGAGGAGUUGAUGCAGGAGUAGCUUCUGCCUGGAAGCGAGAACAGCUGAUGCUCCUGCUCUCCUUUGCCCCAGCCUUCUUUCAGAAGCGCACACCAAGGUUGCAAAUGCCUUGUAGGGCUUCCUCAACUACCAUCAUAGUUACCUCAACAGAGUCACUGAAGCAUCUAAAACUGGCUGAACUGGUGAACGGCCUUCAGCAUCAAGCGCCUUAAUUUGUAUUGCUACAGGUAACAUUGCUACCCCAUAGCAACAAAGCAGAACUGCCUGCUUAAGAAUGGAAAGAACCUCAGGUGACUAAAUUCAGUGAUAUAUAUAUAUAUGUACCCUAUGCAGCUCAGAAAGCAAGAAUCUGCAUGUAGCUGGAAGAAUUGCUUUUUCACAGACACGAUUUGGCACUGAGCAUCUCUCCACCACCAUCCCUGGUGAAACGGCUUUGUGCCAAUUGAGCAUUAAACUAUUGUCUAGAAUCCCAGGCUGGAAAAUAGAAAACCAUCAUUUGGGUUCAGAUGUAACAUGACUAUUGGCCAGGGAAAGCAGAUGAUAUCCAUCAACAGGUUGUGCACAAGCACGAGGAGCAAUGGUUUGUAACACCUGAACUAUCCAGAGGGACCAAUUAGCCAAUAGUGACAUCCUACCUCUUUUCUCCUGAGCUGAUACGUUUCUGCCCAAGAAGAAACAAGGGCAGAAAACGCAGACUGGAGAAGACUAAUGUUGCAGACAUCCUAGCAGGACGCUCUGAAUGCCACAGAGAGCUCUAUGGUGUCUAUAAUGGUGCAUUCCGCAUUCUCUUGCAUCUGUUUGAAAUGCAUUAUGGAAGAUCUCACAUAUUCUUCUGUACAGGGUUGUAAAAUACAGAGGAAUUUUAUGUUUUUUAAAUAGGAAAAUACCACGCUGUAUUGUUUAUAAAUAUGUAUUGUAUGAAAAUCUCACAUGUAAUAAAAUGUUGGAAUGUCAUGAAACUGACACCCUCUCAACAGUG